UAUUUACCAUUAUUAAUGUUAUCAAUUACUGUUUCAAUUAAUUAAUCAAUACCAAUCUCAGUUAGCAUUCCUCGAUCGGAGUGCGUGACUUUAUGAGGGAAUGAAAGAGGGGAGGGAUUUAAAAAGAGCACGUGAGUCGCUAAAGCUGAGGACUACAUUGCCCAGCACGCAACGGGGGAGGGCAGCUGAGGAGCGGAACUGGAAGUGAGCCUAUUUCCGCUCCAUACCGGAAGAGGCCUUAAUCUCCGCUGUGUGAGAAGCAGCGGUGGUGGAAAACGGAGGCGAGGGCCGUUUUUUCUCCCCCAGGAAUAAAACGCGGGGAAGGGAGUAGCCGGAAGUAGCCACCGCCGCCGUCGCCGCGAUGGAGGAGAACGACUGGCGCAGCAGCAACUUCCGGCAGAAGCUGGUCAGCCAGAUCGAGGACGCCAUGCGCAAGGCCGGUGUUGCGCACAACAAGACCAGCAAAGACAUGGAGAACCACGUCUUCAUGAAGGCCAAGACACGGGAGGAGUACCUUUCCCUCGUCGCGCGGCUCAUCAUCCAUUUCCGUGACAUCCACAACAAGAAGACCUUGGCUUCAGCUGCGGCCGCAGACCCCAUGAACGCCCUGCAGAACCUGACCGGUGGUGGUGUCCCCGCGUCCGGAGGACCGUCCUCCAUGGGGAUGCCCUCGCGCCCUCCUCCUCCGGCCGCUCAGGGCCCUCCGCUGGGAGGGAUGGCCGGACUCCCCAUUGGUCAGCAGAUGACCAUGAGCAGUCAGCAGCAGCCGCCCCACGGACUCCCAGGCAUCUCCGCUGCUGGACAGCCAACUCAGCUCCAGCUGCAGCAGAUGGCGCAGCAGCAGCAGCAGCAGGCAGUCGCAGCGUUGCAGCAGCAGCAGUUCCAGCAGGCGCAGCAGAAUGCCAUGCAGCAGCAGUUUCAGGUGCAGCAGCAGCAGCAGCAGCAACAGGCCGCAGCAGCUGCAGCUGCAGCAGCGCAGCAGCAGCAGCAACAGAUGCAGGCUGCGCAGCAGCAGCACCUCCUGAAGAUGCAGCUGCACCAGCAGAGCCAGCAGCAGAUGCAACAGCAGCAGCAGCAGCAGCUCCAGCGCAUCGGCCAAAUGCUGCAGCAGCAGCAGCAGCAGCAGCAGCAGGCCGCCCAGCAGCAGGCCGCCCAGCAGCAGGCCGCCCAGCAGCAGCAGCAACAACAGCAGCAGCAGCAGCAGCAACAACAACAGUCUCCUGCCGCUGCGCAGCAGGCCAUACAGCAGCAGAUGCAGCAGAUGCAGCAACAGCAACAACAGCAGCAGCAGGUUUCUGCCGCGCAGGUGCCUCCUCCUCUGCCUCCACAGCCAAUGGUCUCCCAGGCGCAGGGGCUCCCGGGGCAGAUCAUGCCUGUGGCCCUCACCCCUCAGCAGCUCAAAGUCAUGCAGGUAAGAGCCAUGCAGCAGCAGCAACAGCAACAACAACAGCAGGCCGCAGCCCAGGCGCAAGCAGUCCAGAUGGGAGCCUCCAACCAGAUGAUGACCGCGACCAUGGCCCGAGGCGGUAUGCAAAUCCGUCCGCGUUUUCCGCCGUCCUCUGCCGCCUCCGCCGCACCCCCGACCGCCAUGCCUUUGCCCGGACAGCAAAUGACGCAGGUCAGCCAGAGCGGCCUGCCCAUGAUGUCUUCCGCGUCCCCUGUCCAAGCGCAGACGCCGCAGCCAAUGGCGCCGCCGCCGCCACAACAACAGCAGCCGCAGCCGUCGCCGCAACCGGGGCAACCCACCUCACAACCGAACUCCAACGUAAGCUCCGGCCCGGCGCCGUCCCCCAGCAGCUUCCUCCCGAGUCCGUCACCGCAGCCGUCGCAGAGUCCGGCCGCUGCGCGAACGCCGCAGAACUUCAGCGUCCCGUCGCCGGGGCCCCUCAAUACACCCGGUAACAGGCCCUUGGAGGUCACUUCCUUCCUUCCUUCCUUCCUUUAUUGA